AUGCAGGGUGGUGCUUUGGCGUUUCUGGGACGCAGAGUGUGGCCGAAGGAGAUGAGAGACGGGCCUGCCAUGCCCGUGACUCGGAACCUGCGACGGAGCAAGCGAACGGGGAGCCUCACGGAAAACAAUGAACUCCCUCUGACACUGCUUGAAAAACACGACCCUUGGCCAGCCUAUGUCACCUACACUUGCCCGGCAGUAAAGCAACUCCUUGACAAAAGCAGAGCCAGAGAGAUGGAGUGCAUGCUGGCCACUGAGGAAAGCUGCAAGCAGAUGAUGAGGCUGAACAAACCUAGUUCCAUCCAGCUGAAGAGGAAGAAGACAUCCAAGACCUCAGGAGACCUCUCGCUGAAGGAUGGCAUGUCAGAAACCUUGCAGCUACCUGCAAAAAACUUGCAGGUACCCGACAUCUCAGCCAAAACGAGUGUCACAUUCAUCCCAAGAUCUCUACAAUCACAAUUGGAAGCCAGAGAGGGGCCCACAUUCACCUACAACAAGAUCAUUUUCUCCAGGAGGCCUGCCGUGAGGAAGCUCCCAUAUGGCUUAUUAUAGACCAGCAAGGAGACACAUGCCAAAGUUUGGUAA